CGACCCCCACUCCUUCCCCCCUCUCUCUUCUCCCUCCCUCCCUCCCUCCCUCCCAUUCUCUCUCUCUCUCUUCCAUGGCGGAAGGCGGAGCCCAGCUCAAUCCGGCGCCGCGGCGCCGCCGAUCUCCUCCGGCGCUCGCCUGAUUCCCGAUCCGGUUCCCUCCCCCCCCCACCACAAGAUCCGGCGGCAUUCCGCCGGGACCCCCGACCAAUGCGGUCUCGGGCAUCGCCCCUACGCAGCAACGAUCCCCGCAUUGCCGUUCCCAACAGAUCGCGCCGGGCGUCCGGAUCCGAUGGUGGCUGCCGCCGGGCGAUCGCGAACCGCUGCCGCCGCCGCCGCCGCCUCCGCUGCCGGUGCCGCUGUUGUUGUUGUUGUUGUUGUCGCUGUCGGCGUUGUGGUGGAAUUGAGCGCGCUUAGAGAAUGAUGCAGCUUAGCUUCUCGCCUAGCAUGAGGAGUUUGACCAUAUCGAGUAGCAAUGGAUUCGCUGACUUGAUGAAGAUCAAGAUCGCUGCCCGCCACUUCUCGUACCGGACGCUCUUCCACGCCAUUCUCAUCCUCGCGUUCUUGUUGCCCUUCGUCUUCAUUCUCACCGCUGUCGUCACUCUCGAAAGUGUCCCCAACUGCUCCUCCUCCUUGGGCUGUUUAGGCAGAAGAUGGGGCCCUAGCUUUCUUGGUAGGGCUGAUGCUUCAGAGAGAUUGGUGAGAGACUUGUAUAUGAUCCUCAAUGAUGUCAAUACCGCAGCAAUCCCAAAUGAUUUAGAGCUCCCAGAUUCAUUUAGUCAACUUGUUCUUGAAAUGAAGAAUAACCAGUAUGAUGCAAGAACCUUUGCCUUAAUGUUAAGAGCAAUGAUGGAGAAAUUUGAAAAAGAGAUCAGGGAGUCCAAAUUUGCCGAACUGAUGAACAAGCAUUUUGCUGCCACAUCUAUUCCAAAAGGCAUCCACUGUCUGUCUCUGCGUUUAACGGAUGAAUAUUCCUCUAAUGUUCAUGCACGAGUACAAUUGCCAUCUCCAGAGCUCCUUCCUCUGCUCUCAGACAACUCCUAUCACCAUUUUAUUUUAUCUACUGACAACGUUUUAGCUGCUUCCGUUGUUGUCGCUUCUGCAGUGCAGUCAUCUUUAAAACCUGAGAAGAUAGUCUUUCAUGUCAUCACUGACAAGAAAACUUACUCAGCGAUGCACUCAUGGUUUGCACUUAAUCCUGUCUCCCCAGCUAUUAUCGAAGUAAAAGGUAUUCACCAGUUUGACUGGUUAAUGAAAGAAAACAUUCCUGUGCUAGAAGCAGUUGAGAACAACAAGGGAGUAAGGACUUAUUACCAUGGAAAUCAUAUUGCUGGAGCAAAGCUUGAUGAUACAACUCCAAGGAUGUUUGCUUCGAAAUUGCAAUGGAAAAGUCCAAAAUACAUUUCCUUACUCAACCAUCUGAGAAUAUAUAUACCAGAGCUAUUUCCAAACCUCGAGAAGGUGGUUUUCCUGGACGAUGAUGUUGUGAUUCAGCGUGAUUUAUCUCCACUUUGGGAACUUGAUCUUGGUGGAAAGGUUAAUGGAGCUGUCGAAACUUGUAGGGGUGAAGAUGACUGGGUUAUGUCCAAGCACUUUAAAAAUUACUUCAAUUUCUCUAAUCCACUAAUAGCGAAACAUUUGGACCCUGAUGAAUGUGCCUGGGCCUACGGCAUGAAUAUAUUUGAUCUUCGUGCAUGGAGAAAGACUGGUAUAAGGGAAACUUAUGAGUACUGGCUAAAAGAGAAUCUGAAGUCAAAUAUGACAAUGUGGAAAUUGGGUACUCUUCCUCCUGCUUUGAUUGCAUUCAGAGGUCAUCUUCGCCCAAUCGACCCGUCAUGGCACAUGCUUGGCUUGGGGUAUCAGAUUAAGACCGACGUCGAGAGUGUCAAGAAGGCUGCAGUUAUACAUUAUAAUGGUCAGUCGAAACCCUGGCUGCAGAUUGGCUUUGACCACCUGAGGCCAUUUUGGAGCAAAUACGUGAACCACUCCAACGAUUUUGUAAGAAGCUGUCGGAUAUUGGAGUCAUAGUUGCUCAGCUUGGAGAGCUUGUAGCAAGAAAAUACACGGAAGGACGGAUGAUAUGGUGAAGGGCCAUAUUGCCAAGGGCAUUUGUUCGCAUAAUGCAUUCAUAUUGCAAGCGGAAUUUCUCGGAGUGUACUACCUCGCUCGUCAGAUUUGAUUCAUCCGUUGCACUUUCGGCAGAGAAGAAGCCAGAUAAACUGGGUCACAAACCCAAUUUUCUCUGUACGACACCAGCAACAGAAAGGGUAUGAGAUCAAUUGCAGGGCCACUCCCUUUUGGCUUCCAAAUGCAGGGGUUCUCACUUCUAAACAGCACUUCAUUUACUCGGCAAUUUUUGUUACCAUUUUUUUCCUCCCGAUUUUCCCAAUAUUAUUUGUAGAUGUAAUUGAAUCGGACACUGCUACGAUACCAUUCGGUAGGAAGAAAUUGUUUCUAGAUAAUUUUUUGUUUGUCACAUUGUACUAUAGAAGAUAUGGUUUAUUUGUGCAGAAAAUUCUUUUGCAUGAUAAUUGAUUUAAACUUUCGCACGAUAAA